ACCCAAUCCAAAGAGGGGACGCGUCUUGGAGGUCGACGUGAGGAUCUCUCAAGGCGAACUUCUAUCUUGAAGGCGCCGCAACAGCACCAACAGCGCAGUACUUCAGAAUGCCCCCAAAAACGGCUGGUGAAAAGCGCAAACGCGGUCGGCCUCCCAACGCGCCCAAGAUUGGCGACGCGUCGCAAGAGUCUUCCCGAAUCGUAGAGGCAGAGUCAAACGAGUUGGCCGAGAAAGCUGUGGUCGUCUCAACACCAGCAAAGCGUGGUCGACCGAAGAAGAACAAGGAAUCCCAACCACCGCCUCUCUCCGAGGAGCCACAGGCGAAAAGACGGGGUAGACCGAGGCGUGAAGAAGGGGUCGAGGAGGUGAUCGAGGAGGAACCUGAGCUGGUCCAAUCGAAAAUCAAGUCAAGAAAGGCGGUUAAGAGUGCCGUGCAAGUUGGAGAUUUCUCCCAACCAGCGGAGAAACCGACGGUAACCAAGACGAGUCGCAAGGCAGCGCAGGAGGCAAGUGGUGCCAGGGGCGACGAUGAAGCCAGCGUAAACAGCGCGGCGAAGAAGAAGCGUGGCAGGCCGACGAAGGUCAUCGAGGAACCUACCGAAGAUGUGACGGAGCUGGAGCCGACGCCGAAGAAGAAGCGCGGACGUCCAUCUCUGAACAAGGGGCUUGUCGCACAGGAGUCUAUCGAAGCUGCCGAGGAAGAAUCCGCGCCUAAGAAACGGGGGAGUAAGCCCAAGGAGAAGAUUGCCGAGGUUGAGAAACAUGCGGCCGAGGAAGAGGUCGAGACUGAACCCGCACCCGAGAAGAAACGUGGACGUAAACCAAAAGCCGCAGCGGAGGAAGGAGAGAAGCCAUCGGCUGAAGAAGAAUCGAAAGCCGCAAAGAAGAAGCACCGUCGCCCCGCAGCCCGAACCGAGCCAGAGGCGCCGGAGGCCCGUAGGCGGAAAGACAGACAACCCUCCCCAGCAGGAGAGCCAGCGACCGAGAAGCCGACUAAGAAACGGCGCAAGCGGCCUUCUGAAAUCGAGGAGAGGCCCUCGAAAUCACCUCCAGAAACACAACGCCGCCGCCCAGGUCGGCCCCGGAUCUCUGACGGGGCAUCCUCCCCGCACGCCCCUGAGGAGCAACCAUCUAAGUCACGUAAAUCCAAGAAGCGUCCGCCAGGAGACGAAGACGCAGCGGACUCAGCGCCGGCAAAGAAACGCCGCCGUCGUACAUCCGACGAGAUUAGACAACAGCAGCAGCUGUUGCUACAAUCCAGCAUGGAUCCCCCAGCAGCUCGCCGUCCGGCCCCGAAACACCGCCACAUCGCUCCCCGCGUCCGCCAGAUCCCCCGCUCGAUAAUCGAGGAGAAAUGGACCCCACUCGCACCCCCAACCCUCGCACACGUCUCCAGCCUCCUCCGCCUUGCCGAGCGCCCCGUCCUGCAACGCCUCGCUGCCAACGAGAAGCGCCGCGACCAGGCCGCCUCGGCCAUCCGCCUUGUCACGAACCGCCUCUCCAGAAAGCUCUCUCGCGGCCUCCCCUUCCCGCCUGCUGCCGCCCCUUCCACCGGAUCUGGCGUAGGCACCAGGAAAGCCGCUGAUGCUGACGGCGGCCGCGCGGAGGAGCUCAACUUUGAGCGUGUCAUUGAGGGUGUCGCGGCGCUCGAGAGGCAGCUUGACCCGCUGCUGCACGCCGUCGAGCUCCUCAAGGUCGAGAAGGAGCGCGACGAAAGGUCGCUCGAGGCGGACUACGACAGUCUAAGGACGCUAGAGGCCAACGCCAGAUCCGAAGCCAGGAACUUCAAGGACAACCUUCGAAAGACGCACGUUCUCGUCCCCGAGCCAAAGAAGGUCGCUGGCGCCGACAGCAGCCGCCACAGUAGCGUCGGAGAGGAGCACGACUUCAAGUUCGUUCCGGACGAGAACGUCACUGGGAUGCUAUUUAGGGAUCUCGAAGGAAAUGAGCUGCGCGAGCUGGCCGGUCAGGUCAGCAGCCAUAUGGAGAGCAUGCGCAACAACCUGCAACAGAUUGACGGCGUCUUGCCGCAAAUCGUCCGAAGCAGGGCUGCGCUGCAGGAUGUGCUCUUCAAGCACCUCGACCAACCGAGCUACGAGAAUGUCCUGCUCGGAUAGGCUCACCGCUGUUGUCUUGUACGCAUGCGCAAACGGUGGGAAUUCCACCGCUAGCCACCUAGCGGGCUGAGACCUUCUCGACCAAGUGUAGAGGUUACUGUUGUAUGAUUUCCUCGGCGGGUUCAUAUCCCACUUGGCAAUGGGUUUGUGGAUUAUUAUUUUUUGCGGACAAUGGCGUUGAUGAGAACGUUGGGGUAGACUACAGCAUACCGACGCGAUACUUUGACCGGGAGGCCAAUCCUGAGUGAGGGACCCAGUCAAUACUAUGAUUUAUGACCAAAAGACGCCCUGCACCGUGACAGCCUUGUGUAGGAAACGAUCCAUUGAGAUGUACCC